CGGAUCUAAACUAUGGUGUAUAAGCUUGGUUGCUGCUGCGGGGUGUGAUCCACAUCUCCAAAGAGCAAACAACAAGUCGAUUGAUCUCCUUCAGCGUUUUGCCAGGAAGAUUUAAGAUCAUCGUAUCGGUUAAGCGUGGUUGGGGAGAUGGACAGUACGUGUUUUAGACUCCAUCAGCUUGAAGCCAUUACAAACAACUUCUCAGAGGAUCAAAUAGUAGGCAGGGGCGGGCGUGGAGAUGUUUACAAGGCGGUGCUUAAUGGGGAAGAGAUUGCCGUGAAGCGGCUUCAUUCUAUGCAAGGACUUGAUGAUAAGGAUUUCCGCAAUGAACUCCGCAAAUUGAACAAGAUCCGACACAAAAAUAUCAUACGGUUAAUUGGCUACUGCCAUGAUACACACAAGAAAUGCAUGGAAUACGAAGGGGAACUUGUCCUAGCGAGCAUACAGGAGCGACUUCUCUGCUUCGAGUAUAUGCAGGGGGGAAGCCUCGAGAAGCAUAUUGGAGAUGAAUCUAGUGUACUUGAUUGGACCACAUGUUAUAAAAUCAUUCAAGGGACAUGUGAGGGCUUAAAUCACCUUCACAAUGGACAGGAAAAACCAAUUUUCCAUCUGGACUUAAAGCCUUCUCAUAUAUUGCUGGAUAACAACAUGACACCCAAAAUUACAUAUUUUGGUUUGGCGACAUGUGUUGCUUCAACAGAAGAAGAGUAUCAAACAGAGACGAUGAGAGGAACAUUCGGUUACAUGCCACCGGAAUACAUAGACAAAUGUAUUGUAUCAAACAAGUUUGACGUAUUCAGUUUGGGGAGCACCAUCAUAGCAGUGAUGGCAGGAAACAUGGGCUACCGCCGUUAUGUUCAAGUGUCUCCCAGUCCCACAAAGUUUAUUGAGCUCGUAAGCGAAAACUGGAAGGGAAGGAUGCACACAACAUCCGAGUAUCCAUCACAAGACAUAGACAUCCUACGAGUGCGUACAUGUAUUACGAUAGCAUUAAGAUGUGUGGAUGUGGACAGGAAAAGAAGGCCCUGUAUAGAGCAUAUUGUCCGUGAACUGGAGGAACUAGAAGCUGACAUUAAAAGAAUAACAUCACAACCUCCUGAUGAGUCCAAAGACUCAAUUCUCCAGAUGGGAUCCAAUCCAUACCACCUACAGUUACAACAUUUGAAAGACAUCACAGACAAUUUCUCUGAUGCCCGCAGACUUGGUAGUGGUGGUUUUGGUGUGGUAUAUAAGGGCGUGCUGCGAAAUGGGAAUAUGGUUGCAGUGAAGAAGCUUGUGCUGUCAACGCUGAAGUCACAGAAGCAAUUUGAGAAUGAGGGUGAUCUUCUUAUGACACUGAAUCACCCAAAUAUAGUGCGACUAUUGGGCUACUGCUAUGAAACAGAACUUAUAUAUCGGCCUUACGAAGAUAAAUUCGUUUUUGCUCAAGACACGAAACAUUUGCUUUGCUUGGAAUAUAUGCCCAAUGGAAGUCUUGACAAUUACAUAUCAGGCAUGUCUUCUGUACUUGAUUGGCACACAUGUUGCAAAAUAAUUGAGGGCAUUUCCUUUGGUCUCAUGUACCUUCACGAGGGAUCUAAUGUCCCCAUUAUUCAUUUGGAUCUAAAACCUGCGAACAUAUUGCUGGAUGAAAAUUUUGUACCAAAAAUUACUGACUUUGGUCUUUCAAGACUGUGUGAUGAAAAAACUAUGCAGACUAAAGUCGCUAGUGGAACACUUGGUUACAUGGCACCAGAAUACCUGCUACGAGGUGUAAUAACACCUAUGGCAGACAUAUUCGGUUUGGGUGUCAUAAUCAUGGAGGUAAUUACGGGGCAUAGGGAGUACCCGUACCCACAUGAUAUCAGAAGGUCUUCCAAGGACUUCAUCAAGCGAGAAGUUCAAAUAUGGAGAAAUAGGUUGGAAAAAGAUCCAGGAUAUACAUCUCUGGAAGCAGACUGCCAACAAAUAAAAACCUGCAUUCAGAUUGGUCUAAUUUGCGUAAAUUCUGAGCGGACAAAAAGGCCUACGGUGAAGAAAAUUAUUGAUAUGCUUCAAGGGUUGGAAAGUAUGGAUUGGUACAUUAUUAACGAGCUAUCAAUGCACGACAUUCAGGAUGAGCUGUAGAUUAGCAAAGGAGAUUGUCACAACAAUAUCUGAUUCUUCUAUCUUCCUGGGCUUUGAACCUCCGUACAUAGUUGCUCCUUGUGAGUGGCGUUUAUGUUCAACUCGACCUGACUAGACAAGCAUUUAACUUGUUUGGUCUCCAGUCUUAGUUCUAGCUGUAUAUGUCACUUAUCUGAAAGUGUGUUCGCUCUGAAGAUAAAUAUGCAGUGCCAUGGACAUGGUUUCAGCAGAAGGACGUGGGAUAUGCAGGCCUUUGUGAGUUACUUUUUUAUGGACCUCCUAAAGAACCUCUUUAUUCAAUAGAAAGCAG